UAUAAUAAUGAAACUGGCCGUAUAGAAAACUUAUUCGAAUUUUAAAAAUCCGUCGGUAAAGGAAACUUUUUAAAGUGGACAGUGGACUUAAGUGUUAUAGUGUUGUGCCGCGCCAAAAUAUUAUUAAAAAAAAUAUUAAUUAUUAUAUUAUAAUCUUAAUAAUAAUUCGUGAAAUGGUAGCUGAAUUUAAAAUAAUAAAAUAGAUAAACUAAAAUAUGGAUUAUAAAUCGAACUGGCCAUCAAUAGACAAUUUAUUGCGUUCAAAAAUGAAACAAUAACAAUAUGGCCGAUCGGAAACAGUUUCCCGCGCAUAGAACUGUCAGUGUCAAUAUCGAGUGAGUGAAAAUGGUGACUUUAAUGCCGUGCAGUUACCUCGGCGGUACAUCCCCGCGCUGCAGCCUGGACCACAACGAGCCGAAGGCAAAAAGGCCAAGACCUGAUACAGGCACUGAUGUUCGAUUAUCCGGCGACAACAACACUAGUCCCUGCGAAUCAGAAUCGACGUCAGAAUCGCCGCCAUCUUUGUUACAAGAUGCAACACUUCCCGCGCUUUUAGUGACAGGCGCGUCAACCCUGUUCCAAGCAACGACGUCAAAUAGCUCAGCUCUCAGUCUAACUGACAGCUUGAGUUUGCCACAAGAAGACUGUAGUUUGGCCAAUGGUUGUACGAACGCAUUGAGUGGUCUAGCUCUACCGCUGACGUCAACAGGCUUGUGUUCUACGACGUCAAGCUCAGCUGUAGCCUGGUUAAUGAAUGACGAUAGCACGGGUGGUGGCGUGAAGAGCGAGGUGCGCAGCCCAGGCCUGUGUGAGGCGGACGCGGCGCUUUACGGCGAGACGCUGCCCUACGACCAGUCCGCGCUGCCUUACCAGUAUUAUAAUAGUAUGCAGCAAUAUGGCGGCGGAAGUGCGGCUUCGUCGUAUGUCAGCUCUACGCUAUACAACCAGCCCUACGCGGCUUAUCCUCCACCACAUAACACUAACAAUAGAUCGUCAUGUAAGGCCACGCCAACAUAUCUGAGUGCGUACAGUAUGGGCGGUGUGGGCACGGUGCCCAGUACGGGCUUCGCGGCACAGCCCUCCCCGUACGCGUACUCCUCCUACAACGGAGGGCUGGCACAAUCCUUUCCUAAUGCACAACAGGAUUAUAGCAGUUACGCAUCGGGUUACGCUGACCACAACGUGGCACAGUACGGAGGAUAUUACGCCACUCCGAGCUACUCUCCUUACGUCAGCUCGCCCAGCAGCAGUGGCAGCGCCGGACAUACUUCAUAUCUCAUCGGCGGUGGACUAUCAGAAUCUCCUUCAUCAAUGGUACCUGCAAUAAAUGACACCAGCCCGCUCUCUCCCAUCAAAAAUGAAGUACACGCAGCCAGUAGGAGAUGCAGAGAGAAUUCCGGAGAGAGCACGGCUAGCAGAUCACGAGGCAGAGGCAGACGGAACACGUCGUCAUCGCCCGCACAACAUGUUCCCGAACCAUCCACUGAGAGAGUGUUCAUAUGGGACUUGGAUGAGACGAUUAUUAUCUUCCAUUCACUACUCACUGGCUCUUUUGCUACUAAGUACAAUAAGGACACACAGCAUAUAGUGCAGUUGGGUUUCAGAAUAGAAGAGAUGAUAUUCAGUUUGGCCGAUGCUCAUUUCUUCUUCAAUGAUGUUGAGGAUUGUGACCAGGAGCACAUAGAUGCGGUAGCAGCGGAUGAUAGCGGACAGGAUUUAUCUACGUACAAUUUCGCGGCGGACGGGUUCCACGCCACCGCUCCCGGGUUAUGCGCCCCUGGUAUGCGCGGCGGUGUCGACUGGAUGCGGAAACUGGCAUUCCGGUACAGGAAGAUCAAGGAUACAUAUAAUAAUUAUAGGAAUAGUGUGGGUGGACUUUUGGGUCCAGCAAAGCGCGAGCAGUGGCUCCAGCUGCGCGCGGAACUGGAACAGGCGACAGACAACUGGCUUACUCUCGCCUGCAAGUGCCUCAAUAUGAUUAACUCCAGAGAGAACUGUGUCAAUGUACUGGUGACGACAACACAACUAGUGCCGGCGUUAGCCAAAGUGCUGCUGUUCGGUCUCGGCGGUGUCUUCCCCAUUGAGAAUAUAUACUCAGCUACAAAGACAGGUAAAGAGAAUUGCUUCGAUAAGAUAAAACAACGUUUCGGUGAGAGAUGUACUUACGUUGUGAUCGGUGAUGGUAAAGAUGAAGAAGCUGCUGCAAAAAACAAGAACUAUCCCUUUUGGCGUAUCUCAGGACAUUCCGACAUCGCCGCGCUAUACAACGCUUUGGACAUGGGCUUCUUAUGAUCUGCUGCUCGCCUGGUACUUCACAUAUUGUUCGACCCUAUACAUGGACAGGUUAUCUCGCCUCGAUUUUUUGUGCCUAUUUGAUCGUCGCCAUUUUAGAUAUAGCAGGAUCUUCAUCAGGCGUGUUUAAGUCGGAAUAACACAAAUGGUGUAAUUUUCAAGCAAUGACCUGUCUAUUUAUAGUGUAGCUAUUUCACAUCUACUCUGUCUUAUGAUUUGCGUUACUCUAUACUGCUGCUAUCCUGGUACUUCUCACAAGAAUAUUGACCCUUCUGUUUCAUUUUUUUAUGUCCUUAUCUUUUUAUAUCUUACGAAUUUCUGCUAUCCUGGUACUUUU